AUGCCAAAUAUUCUCUCUGGAAAGAUUAUUGCCGUCACUGGUUGCAGCUCUGGAAUAGGCCGUGCAAUCGCCUUAGAGUGCGCACAGCAAGAAGCAAAGCUCAUCCUUCACUAUCUUGGAGAUCCCCGAUCAUCAAAGGAUAUGGAAAGCUUGAGAGACGAGCUGGCGAAUAUCUCUAAUCAAGACGCCAAAUCUCCUCAAACCGUGGAAGUCGCAGUCAAUGUGACCCAGCCAGACGCUGGCGACCAGAUUGUCAAAGCAGCUAUUUCAACGUUUGGUGCUAUCAAUGGCAUUGUUCAUAAUGCUGGCACAUGCCAAUUCGAAGAUUUCUUGGAUGUCACGCAACCACAACUCGCAAACCACAUGGAUGUGAACUUUAAUGGCCCAUUUGCCAUCACACAAACUGUCAUUCAACAGAUGAUCAAACAGAAAUCUGGAGGGUCCAUCGUCUACAUUGCUUCCAUCUCUGCGUCAAUGGGAUCUGAACGCUUGACACACUACGCAUCUACCAAAGCAGCAAUUUUAGGACUCAAUGCGAGCUUAGCUGUGGCGUUUGGGAAACAAGGUAUCCGAUUUAAUUGUGUCAGUCCAGGAACCAUCGAAACAUCAAUGAACAAGCAAGAUCUGGCAGGGCCAAAGAGACUGGCGAUGAGGGGGAGAGUUCCUCUCGGGCGUUUGGGAGUACCAGAAGAUAUCGCAAAACCCGUUGUCUUCUUCCUUAGUGACAUGGCACAAUACGUCUCGGGACAAAAUCUGAUCGUUGAUGGUGGAUCCUCAGUGUUUUAUCAGUAG